AUGUCGAAGCGGCAGCGCGCGACACACACAGGCAGCGGUCGCUGGUCCCGGACCGCAGCACAUCGUCCCCAUCCGCAGGCUGUCAACAACCCCAAACCCGUCCAGAAUCCAACCUCAGUCGCAGCGAAAGACAACGAUAGCAGUAGUGAAGAAGAUGGUGAGAUAAGACCUCUCAAGCGCAUGAAGCUGACCUCGUCCACAUCAGGCGAUUACCAUGGUCCCGCAAAGAACAACAUCAGAGGCCUGAAGAACACCAGAAGUCUGUCCUACGCCGAAGGCAGCCACCGCGGCAAUCGCUCCUUCGCGAAGUUGAAGAGCAACAGAAGUCUUUCAUACUCGCAGGUCCAGCACACUCGCGCAGUCGCUCCACGGCAUCAUAGCUCUGCCAGACCGAUACUCAGCGGAAUGGAACCCGCAGAUCUACACAACCUGGUUCAGGCCUACAAAGCGGCGGAAGAAGCACAAAAGCUAGAGGCUCAGCGUCAGGUGGUCGAUCGUGCCCUGCGCAAGAUCGAGAAGUGGGCGGAUAUGUGGCUCGAGGGAAAGCUAAGCGGCGACGAGGACUGGGCGACACUUGGACUGGCUUGGAUGAUGCCCGACAACUAA